GCCCUGCUUCCUGGGCCUCUGUUUACAGGGACCAUAAUUACAAGAUUAACAGAGGCGAGAUAUCCUGAGGUGGGAAGGCCCUUCCUCUCCGGGUUGCGCGUCCGUGAAUCUUCGGGCAACAGAGCUAGGGGAGGCAGGGCUGUGUGUGGUGACAGCUUCCCCCCGGGAUGGCAACCGGCCUUUCACGCUUCAGGAGCCUUCAGAAGCUUCUGGGAGGAGCCCCGGGUUCAGUUUAGAGAAUUACUGCUUCUCCUUUACGCAUCGAAUGGGCUCGGGCCACUCGGAUCGCAGAGGCCAGAACGUGACCCAGGUCCGGUCAGCAAUGGUCACCAGGACUGGGCCAGGGGUGGGCACCUGAGCCAGUUGGAGCCAGGAAGAGCCAGCUCUGGAACUUUGUUGGAAGCAUCUGGAAAGGGAAGCUCCCUUUGUGUCGGGCUUGCUGGGGGCACCUCCCUGCCCACCCACAUGGCUCCAGAUGUGUCUGCGUGCCUAUCAUGACCCUGACCGCAUCAAAGGAGUAACCAAGGUGACCCCGGGAUAAUAGACACCGGCUUCAUGCUAUGAAGUCCAUCUGUGUGGAAAGCCCCAGAAUCUCAGAGCAUCCAGCAGGCUCCUGGGAGAGAGGGAAGAGAAGGGGAGGAGAGAGAAGGGGAUUUCCGGAUUCUUCCUGAACAUUCAUGACCACCCUGGGCAGCAGCCUGACAGAUAAGUAUUCCAACUUACCAGUGCCGCUCCCCCUCCCCCCACUGCCCCCCCUGCCCUCUCUAGGUCCGUGCAUGAAAGCGUAGAAUCUCUCACAAUCCUGUGGGAGGGAAAUUGGCGAGGCCACUUUUCAACCCCUCCGCGUCACAGACCAAGACCUUGUCCCCAUUAUAUGGGGCCCCAGACAGGGGCGUUUCCACCCCGCUUUUUGGCACGGAAGCCAGUAUUUUGUCAGUUCCGCCAUGAGGACCUUCUGUAGGCUGGAGUUUGGCGACCUCCUCUUGAGUCCCUGUCGACCUGGUGUCAGAAGGAGACUGGGGACUCCGGGCGGCUCUUCUCAGUUCCGGCCCUUUGUCAUCAUAUUUGUGAGACUUGGCCAGGGCCCCCUUUACUUGGCAGUUGGGCGGGGAGGCCGACACUGUGAUGAUGGGCCAUGUUCUCUUCUCCGGGUCUGGACCCGUGUCCCGAGUCUCAGGCGCCUGUAGAGAGCGCUGGGCGCACACUGAGCGGUCCCCUGACUCUCCCGGCACGGGUCUGCCAGCUGAUGAAGAUAGCUUAGCUGUCACCAGGAGCAAAACCCGGGACACGAUUCUGGGUCAGGGUUAGCAGGCCGACGGGGACAGAUGGGGGCAGAAAAAUAACUGAGGGUGAGCUGUAGCCCCCUCCCCCCCCAUUUCCUGUCCACUGCCUCAAACUGUGGGUUAGUAUUGUGCACUCUGGGUGAACGCAGGGCUGGAAGGAUCCCAAGGCUCAGAGAGAGAGAGAGAGAGAGAGAGAAAGAGAGAGAGCGGGGCAGGCUUCCCAUGGCUACACAAGAUGUCAGAGCUGAAUCCGACCUCUGGAUCCCUGACUCUGGUCCCUGCCUCCACUCAGCUGUUGCCAAGUUGACCUUGCCUUACUUUGUCCUGGGUCCCUUUCUGCUGUUGCUGGGGAACAGGGAGGUGGGUGAAGGAGCCCCCCCCCCUUAUCCCGAGGACAUUCUGGGGUGGGAGGAAGGGAGGUGGAAGGGGGAUGUGCCUGGGCCCAGCCUCCCUGGCUCUGGGGGCCUUCUCGUUAGCAGAGAGUUCUGGCCAGUUCGGGCGUGGGGAGGGGGCCUGGGUGCAGUUUCCUCCUGCAGCGUGGUGGGCUUUUUUGUCUUCCAGGAUGGGAUCUACACGGAGAAGGAGCCGGGAGCUGGGCCUGGGCUGCCAACAUGUUGUCUGGGUGCAGCCAGGUGGCUCAGCCCGGCCCCGUCUCCAGGACUCCUGCCUGGUCUUCCCUUUGGAGCCCUGGCGACUCUGGACUCUGGCCACAGUGACGCAGGGAGCAGCCUUCGGUGGUUUUCUCGGACUCUGGACAAGUCCCCAAAGCUGUCAUCCUUCCACUGAGAUAAACGCCCCUCCUGGCUGGUGCCCGGCUGAGGACAGGCCGCAGCUCUGGAGGACAGCCCGAGGGAGGGGUGUGAGGGAGCCUGGCUGCCCACUGCCCCUCUGUGUCCCACCUGGACCCCGCCUGUUGGGCCUUGCCGUCUGGGCCUGGAGGCUGCUUCUCGACCCCGUGCUGACUCGAUUCCUCUCUGUGGCCCUGCCGGUGGCCAGCCGGAGCCCCGCCUGGGCCAGGGCCCCACUGACUGCACCCUUACCACAGCUGGACACUACAGGAUGGUGCAGGGACACAGGGAUGGGCGUCAGGGUGGAGCUGCAGGGAGGACAGACAGCUUUGUGGGCUCCGUCAGCUGGAGUCUGUCUUGCGUCCUUUGCCUUGAGUGGUUCUCAUUUUUGUGGGUGCUUUUUGGAUGAGGCUUUUCUGUGCUUCUCCUCUGCCUCACGGUCGCAGGGAGGAGGUGGGCAGGGUCUGGGAGGAGCCCGGGCCUUCCCCCCAGUGUUGUUGAGGUCUUGGAGGGGGGCAGUUGGAGGGGCAGAAGGUGCCCGAUCCUGAAAGGGGAGGGUUUGCAAGAGAUGAGGAAGCCCAGGCCAGGAGGGAGACGACAAACUGAGCCUUAUUCCCACCGUCCAAAGGGACCGGGCUGGAUGCAGCCUUGUCCCCAGGUUUGAGGGGUCGGGGCAGCACGGCCUGAUGACAGACCCCCUGUUUGCUGUUGCACUCGUCUUUCAUUCUGUCCUGGGGGGGCAAAGGCAGGCAGGGCGGGCCCCACGCACACGGCCCCCCCCCCCCCCUGCCGUCAAAGGCUUACCUCCAUAAGCAUCUCUCCAUUCUCCCCUCAUUCUGGCCCCUCUGGAGGGGAUGGUCUGGUGCCUGCACAGGAGCGGCCCGUGGCCUUCCAUAGGCAAGCUUCAAAGCUGGGAGUGCUUUUCCCGGGGUGGAGAGGGGGCCUGUGUUAGCUCGAGCCUCUGUGACAGAAUAGCGCAGCCUGGGCAGGGCGGGGCUCAAACAGCAGAAAUGUGUUUUCUUAUAGUUGUGGCAGCUGGAAAGCCAAGAUCAAGGUGCCAGGGUUGGCUUCUUCUGAGGCCUCUCUCCUCGGCUUGCAGAUGGCCACCUUCUCACUGUGUCCUCACGUGGCCUUUUCUCUGUGCACAUGUACGGGGUGGGUGGGGGGGAGCGGAGUGAGGCGGAGGGACAGAUCUGGUGUCACUUCCUCUUUUUAUAAGGAGGCCGGUCCUAUCUUAUUAGGGUCCCAUGCUUAUGGCCUCGUUGAACCUUAAUGUCCUUGGUAAAAGCCCCAUCUCCAAAUAUGGCUACACUGGGGGUAGCCAUAUGGCUUCAACCUACGAAUUUGGGGAGGGGGACACGAUC